GUUUUUGCUGUGACCGGAGGAGAGUGGUUUGUUUUUCUCGCAGUGCGUGUUACAAACGACUCCCAAACUCUACUCAUCCCGAAUCUAGGCAGAGAAAGAGAGAUGGGUAUGGAGGGUGCACAAUCUUUUCCGACUUGGGAAGAAAUUGAACUUUCAGAAAGUUAUCUUGUGUGUUGUAUGUUCCAAGAAGCAGCAGCUUUGUCUUCCUCAAUUAUUGAGCAAUUAGUUGACAAAAAUGCUAAAACUAAUCAAGACAAUUGCGAAUUGGGUGAUAUGUUGGAAUCAGCUGCAAUGAUUUUGGUGCAGUCCUCAAAAGAGCUGGGGAGGACAUCAGAAAUACUGAAGCAGCUGAAAGUGCUAUUUGGUUCUGUCACUGCUAUUCCUGCCCAAGUUUUCCUUACUGGGGUGUGUCUCCAGAUACCAGAUGGCCCUUCUGCUGAAGUUCAAGAACUUCUAGAGGAAUUCCUUAUGAAGUGGAGAUAUGUUGAUGGAAAGUAUUAUACUGUUGCAAGUAUGGAAGCUGAUGUACCUUACAUGGAAGAAUUUAGCAAUCAGAUUUCCCUUGGAGUUGAUAAGUAUCUGGAAAUUAUUGAGCUCUAUGUGAUAACCUUUUUGGGGAGGAUUCUAGGAAAUUUGGAUCUUGCUAUAUCUUGGGUUGAGAAAUCCCCUCUACCAGAGGAGAAGAGGCAGGAUCUUUUGAGGCAGUUGCACUCCAUGAAUACUUUAAAGCUUGGCAGCUCUUCGCAGUCCUCUGCAUUACCGCUCCAAAUAGAUAAAUGUCCAACUGAUUCCACUUCCCUGAUUGAAGAAAAAUCAUGCAAUGGGACAGAAAAUAUUUUGGAACACAAAGACCAGUCUAAGGGAGAGAACACCACAAAACAAUCAAUUCUGGAGUUUUCUAGACGGAGAACUCCAUUUUGGUGGUUUCGUACAAUCACUUUGAAGUUCGGAAGCAGUCGCUUGGUCUUAUCAAAUGGAAGCAUCUUUCUUGGUUUUCUGGCAGCACUUGUUUACUAUAUUCUGCGGAAAAAACAAGCCUCUUUAUGGAGCGUUCUUAAGAGACAAGCUUCAUCUACGAAGAAAGCUUUCAUUGACUUCUGGCAACUUGCAUUCUCGUAUCAAGUGAACCCUCUUGCUGCUGUUCAACCACUCCCGCCUGCGACACGUGGAAGCCGGUGAUGCACAAUUUUGUUCCUCAUAGUUGCUCAAAACCAGAGCUGUUACUUGUAGAUAAAUAAAAGAUUACUGAAGAUAUUGCUACUAUCAUCUUAAGUUGGAGAGGAACAUCCAGAAAUAUAGUAAUAAAGUUUGCUUCAAGAUCACAUUCUUUGCCAAUAGAGUACUGCAUCAUACCAUAACUUUGUCUUGCCUUUUCUCUGUGGCAUUGAUUUAUUCUCUUAGCAAAGAUGGGGUCUCAGAUUUCUCAAUUUUAUGCAGUAGUAGUGUGGUACCAUUCAUUUUAUGUCGAGCUUUUAACUAUUGAACUCCGAUCCUUACUUUUUUUUCCGUUUAUAGAAUGAAAAUUUAAGAAAGAUUUUGAGUGUG